AUGGCGUCGUCACUUCGUCCAGCAUCACGGCUGGUGGCGAGACCGAUCACAGCUUCAAAUCUCCUGCGACAGUCCGAGCGAACACCUUUUCUCCGCGCCACAGCUCAAUUUCAUACCUCGAGACCUCAGAAUGCCCUUCCAGCGGGCCCCCCUCCUUCGGGCUACCGGUUGCCUCGACCAAAGCGAUUUUACGAAGAUGAAAAUGCGGUGGAUAAAGCCAGCAAUUAUUUUCUCUUGACUGAGAUGAUGCGCGGCAUGUAUGUCGUGCUAGAACAAUUCUUCAGAGCACCCUACACUAUUUUCUAUCCUUUCGAAAAGGGCCCCAUUUCCCCGCGAUUUCGAGGUGAACAUGCGUUGAGACGAUAUCCCUCGGGUGAAGAGCGAUGCAUCGCCUGCAAGCUUUGCGAAGCUAUCUGCCCUGCUCUAGCCAUCACGAUUGAGGCCGAAGAAAGAGAAGAUGGGUCCAGGCGGACGACCCGUUAUGACAUCGACAUGACAAAAUGCAUCUACUGCGGCCUUUGUCAGGAAAGCUGCCCAGUCGAUGCUAUUGUGGAGACGCCCAACGCUGAAUACGCCACGGAGUUCAGAGAAGAACUGCUGUACAACAAGGAGAAAUUGCUUGCAAAUGGUGACAAGUGGGAGCCAGAAUUAGCUGCAGUCGCAAGAGCCGAUGCACCCUACAGAUAG